ACGCCAGAAAGAGUCUGCGUCGCAAUCCGCUUUAACCAAUUAAGCCAUCUUCGGGUUAGAGAAAGAAAUAAAAGUCUCCGUAAAUCUAUUGAAGAAGGAAUGGUCCCCAGGCUUUCCGCUGGCUGGCUAUUGAUCCCUUUAAGUGCCUGCUAAUGAGACCCGUUUAUACCCAAUAAAGUACGCUCAACAAGAGCCGGCAAAAGACAGCUGAAGUGCUCGCGAGAGAUGGCAGCUGCUUCCCCACCCCAGGGCAAAGCUGAGCACAGGCGGAAGACGAAUUGCUUUGCUGCCGGGCGACCCUUACACGGUUAACGUGCGGGAGGCCAAAGGAAUGAGGGCGAGAGUGGAAAAGGGGGCGUGGUAAUGGUGGCGCCCGAGAGGGGCGGGGCAAAGCUGUGAAGGAAAGGCUGACCAGUCGGCUCUCUCAAAGUCCCGCGGCUGAUCCCUAAAAGGCGGAAGCGCCGGAGCUCCAGCAGCCUUUAAAACCUUUGAUUCUUCACACACACACACACACACCCCGCCAGGGUAAAAGGGAAAAAGCACACACACGACUGCGUUCAGAGGCAGCAUUUUUUUUUGCUUUUGUUACUUUACCACACACGUUCCGAGACCUGUCCCUUGGCACUGAAAUCGGGUCCUGGGGCUGAACCCAGUGGCCACGUUUGGUAUCUGCAUUCCGACGCCAGGCAGGCGGACAGGCAAUGGGCGAGGAGAAAACACCAUGGAGGCCCAGAGCGAGGGGUCCCUCUAGCCCCGCAUCCUGUUUCCCAACAGAGAGGCGCGAGCUACAGAGGCUUCUGAGAAGCCCGCAAGCGAGGCAGUAGAGGCAAUAGCAGCCUUCUGCCGUUGGACGGGCAAUGUUAGGUACUCAGGUAUGCCACCCCUGCAUAUGGAAGCUCCAUUUUGUUGUGGCAGCUAGCAGGAGAUUGCUAUAAGCGAGCCUCCUGGGGCGGCGGGGAAGGAGUAGAGGAAUGCCCUGUGCUUUCCCGUCCGCCGACCCCGGCAAAAAAAAAAAAAAUCCAUCACAGCCCUGAAUCCGAGCGGGCGUCAUUUCUCCCCCUCCCCCAGUCGGGGACUUGGCAGGAACGAUUUUUCUUCCCUUCGCAAGCAGCUGCGAAUGUCACAUGGUGGGAAAAGGGGAUUCGUUGCAGCUGAUGGGAAGGCUUCCCUCAGCCAGCCAGUCAGGGACACACGCUGGUCUGCCUUUAAAAAAAAUGAAAUAUCUCUUCCCCCCCCCGCGCUUUCCUCCUCUUCGUUCUUAUCUUUUACCUGGGCAACGCCAGCAGCUCGUUUGCUUCUCAUCCUGUGUCCGUUAUUGCCCUCUUCCGUGGAGGGCUUGAGGCAAGGGGGGGUGGAGAGAGAGAGAGAGAGAGAGAGAGAGAGAGAGAGAGAGAGAGAGAGAGAGAGAGAGAAGGCGGCGUGUGACAGAUGCGCUCUUCUGACAGCUCUCAGGCUAGCGGCUCCCUGCCAUUGGCUCAGUGCAACGGAGCGGCAAGGCUGCGCGCUAUAAUAGCACCAUGCCGGUGAGAGGCGGCCGCUCAGACUCCUUCGGCAAAGCCAGAGAGAUGCUGAAGCUUCCGCUCCUCCUCCGGCCGCCAGCUCUGCGCUGAGAAAGAGACUGUGGUCAAUGCCUGCCGGCUCCUGCUAUUGUUGAACUUGCCUGCGGCUGGGUUUCUCUCUCUCCCCCUCACCCUGCGGAAGGAAGGGAGAGUUGGGCCGCCGCCGCGUUAGUCGGAGAAAUCAGCCGGAGGGAGAGCAGUUGCAUGCCCGGGAGAGGGGGAGGGAACCCGGCUCCCGCCCCUUCUCCACCCCACUCCCGCCCCAUCCCCACUGCCCCAUCCUUGCCCCGCAGAAGCUGCACACACACACAGGCACCCGGCGCCUUGUUUCCCGGCUGAUCUGGCGCCCUUGGGGUGCAUGGAAGCGGCUGCAGCCCACGAGGCGGCUGCUCCAUGGAGUGUUAUUACAUUGUCAUCAGCUCCGCGCACCUCAGCAAUGGGCACUUUCGCAACAUCAAGGGAGUUUUCCGAGGUCCCCUCAGCAAGAACGGCAACAAAACUCUGGAUUAUGCUGAAAAGGAGAAUACGAUUGCCAAGGCUCUGGAAGACCUUAAAGCCAACUUCUAUUGUCAACUUUGUGACAAACAGUACUACAAGCAUCAAGAGUUUGACAAUCACAUCAACUCUUACGACCACGCUCACAAACAGAGACUCAAGGAGCUAAAACAGAGGGAAUUUGCCCGAAAUGUAGCUUCCAAAUCAAGAAAAGAUGAAAGGAAACAAGAAAAAGCCCUUCAACGCUUGCACAAGUUAGCUGAACUGAGAAAAGAAGCUGCAUGUGCUCCAGGGAGUGGUCCUAUGUUCAGAUCCACUACAGUUACAGUCCGAGAUAGUUUUAAUGAAAUCCCACAGUGUGCCCUCAUCAAUUCUGCUAAAAAGGAACAAGAAUUCAACUUUGCAUUACUGCACAGCUCAAAAACUGCUGACAGUGUUACAUCUGUUGCUUCUUUCUCGCCUGAAAAUGCAAAUAACAAUAAACCAGACAUUAACAAGCUUGGGGACCAAAUGCAGGGGCUCCAUGGACAUAAAGUGGGGUUCUCUUUCGCAUUUCCUAAGAAAGCAUCAGUCAAACUGGAAUCAUCGGCGGCUGCUUUCUAUGAAUACAAUGAUGAAAUGUCAGCUGAACAUGGGCUUAGCAGAAGAAGCCGGUUUGUUCCUGCACCUUGCAACCUUCAGGUUUCAUCAGCUGAAGAAAUAGUUCUGUGUUCUGAGGAGAAACCUAAUUUCAUUGUUCCACUAAUGGAAAAACAUGCUGAUGAAUCUAUUCAAGUACAGGACUCAGAUGAACCACCUAAUGAGGAAAACACCAUUAAGGAAGUCAUGGAAUUAAAAUCCCCCAUUUCUCAUUUGAAAGAACCUGGGCUUGGUGAUUUGGAUAGCUUUUGUGUUAAUGUGGAUUCAGCAGCCUUGCCUGAUGAAACACCAUCCAAAGUUGUCCUUGGGAUCAAAGCCCUUUCUGCAGAAAGCAAUAGUGAUGAGCCCAUGGGAAAUGAAUGUACAGAUCUCUCUGUGAAUGAAGACAGUUUAUCACAGCAGGAUAUCCAGGGAAAAAAUGAUCAGAACAUUACCAGUGAUUCACCCACCACUGAAAUUGAAAUUAAAAAAUGUGCAUCUGAUGGACUGAUUCCAGCAAAUUCUGAAGAGGAAAUGGUAGCUUUUCCUUGUAAACAAAAUUCACAAAAAAGACCUUGUGAGCCAUUUGUUCCUGUGCUUAACAAAUAUGGAUCAACAAUUCUUCAGUGGCCAUCUGAAAUGCUAAUUUACACAAACACAGAGCCAUCUAUUUCAUAUAGCUGUAAUCCAUUAUGUUUUGACUUCAGAUCAUCAAGAUCAAAUGAAUUCCUAGAAAAAAAUAAACCUCAGUCAAAUAUGCCUAAUUCUUCCCAUAAGACUGAGUCCAGCCAUGAUUUGAUUUUAGAUUAUCCAGAUAAAUCUCUUUUGGUGAAUGUUGAUUGUGCAACUCACAUUAGCACACAUCCGUGCAAUGAUGAAACAUCAGUUAUGAUGAAUGUUUCUUUAGUGGAGGAUUGUAAUCCUGAUAAAAACCAAGAUGAACUAAGCCUAGAUACUCUGUGGAUGACAGAAGAAAAAGGAAAAUGCCACCAUCCCCCCAAACUUAUACAAGGGUGCUCAUCUGCCAACGGACAGCAGGACAAAGCCUGGAUAAAAAGAACACAUGAAAAGUGGUUCCAUAAAAACAGGAAGAGGAAAAGGAGGAGAAAACUGUGCCAUCACCAUUAUGAGGAAUGGGCUGAGGCAGAUACUGAAAUUUCCCAAGUAGCUGAACAGCAAAAUAACAAUGUUGAUAAACAUCAGAAGCUUUAUAAUGCUCUGGAACAAGGCAUUGGUGAAAAUGGACUGGGAGAUUCAGUUGUGGAACUAUUUCAGCAGACAUCUGAAACUCUCCAGGUUGCAAACAGUGACUAUAGUGGGACAUAUACACAGGUCCACAGAAACCAAAGCCCACAUCCAGAUUGGAACACAAAAGACAAUAGGAACUAUUGCACUAACUCUAACCAUCUGUGGAGAAGGAACAAGCCAAUUUCUCACAGACAAUCAAAUAAACAAGGUUUGAGUUCUGGAAGAUGCAGCUCAGUUUACUCUGGAGCAUUUUGUCAUUGGAGUAUCCAAAGAAGUAGCAGUAGCCCAGACCAUAAACUUUUAGGCCAUUAUCCUGAUGAAAAAUGCACAAAUCAAACACAGCUCACAAAAAGAGCCUUUAAUUCACUCACAGAGGAAUCGGAGAGGUCCCACAGGAAACGAAGACAUAUGUACUCUUGUUCAACAGAUGAAAGUUCAAAUGCACUGACCUGUUUGUCAGAAGAGAAUCUGAGGCAAACACAUCACUUAGCAGCACCUUGUAAACCGAAACGGAAACGAAGGAGAAAGAGAGUGAGAAUUCAUCAUACGUUUAGAGAGAGGGCACCAAGGAGGAAUGUCAGUGUCAAAUCUCCUAAAGGGGUCUGUAUAAUCAGUGAUUCUCUCAAACUAUCAACUGAGGAAAACACAGAGCAAACAAAAAACCCUUCCAUCAUGGACUGUGCAAACAAUAUGGAACAAACAAUCAAGUCAGUAGAAAGUCAAAUGGCUCCACAGUCUGAGCAUUUACUUUCAUUAGAAAAUAUCAAAGGAUCAAACUGUUCCAUUACAGAGAAUACUUCCUAUCUGGAGGAAUCCGCAUAUUCUUCUCCUGUUACCAAACAUAACAGUCAAGCAACGGUGAAACCCAAAAUUCUGCUGGAAGGAGAAAAAUCUGAAAAUCUGAGUGUUCCUGAAAUUCAAGUACCUAAUAAAGUGCCCAGUCUGGAAAGGAACUUAGAUCCACCUCCCCCUAAAGCAUAUAUGUGCCAUUAUGAAGUGGCUGAAGCUAUACCCCAAGAAAAACUAAAUCUGCCAGCCAAUGAGUGGCUGCGGUAUAACCCAGGUAUAUUUAAUGCCCCACCUCCUUUGCCCUUUAAAGAAGCACAUAUGAACACUCACACUAUAUUAACCACAGAGCAAAUACUUGCCCCAUUCACCUUGCCUGAACAUGCACUGCUCUUGCCUCCAGAAAGCCACGACAAAUUCAAAGAUCUGCAUGGUGAGGCCUACCACCAGAUCUUCCAGCAAAACAUGCUAGCUAGUAAGAUGAAACUGACUUUUCCAACUGCAAUCCAACCUUCAAAUGCCCCUAUACAGCCCUUGCCUUUGCAACAGCCACUGUGCUCUACCUCUGUCACCACAAUCCAUCACACUGUUUUGCAACAGCAUGCAGCGGCAGUAGCUGCAGCCGCUGCCGCAGCGAGUACAUUUAAAGUCCUUCAGCCUCACCAGCAGUUUCUUUCCCAAGUCCCAACUCUUUCACGAACACCUUUACCUCAUUUGUCAGUUGGGCCAAGACUUUGUCCUGCAAACCCCACAGCUAUUGUUGGCCCACCCCAGUUGCCACUCAUUCCAGCUUCAGUUCUCCACCCAAGCCAUUUGGCGUUUCCUCCUUUGCCACACACACUGUUUCCCUCACUCCUGUCACCACACCCUGCAGUCAUUCCUUUGCAGCCACUAUUCUAGGCCUCUUGAUGAGCAGUUAAAAUGGAAAGACAAGUCUUCCAUUGAAGAUAUGUCAACGCUGUUCAUCAGAAACUUGGACGAAUCACUCUACCAUUGGACUGAGGUUAAGAGCCUCCUGAUAUAGAACAAUUUGCUAUUGGCCUAACAAUGCAAAUAUUUACAUGUAAAGUGCAGAUUCAUAAUAAAAUUAAAGCACUGAAUAGUCUAAUAUUAAUACAAACUAUACAUGUAUAGAUACAUAAUAUAUAUAUGUAUGUAUGUAUGAAAAUCAUGUCUAAAAAUAUGUUAACAUGUACAUAAAAUAUAUUUAUAGUACUGUAAGUUAUGUUGUAAAGUAUGCUCCUGGUUUUUUUUAAUUAUAUUUGUGUAUUUGCACCUAAGUAACGAUUAGACAAAGCUGAUGCACUAUGUUUUGUACAACAUUCCUUAUAACCAUAAAUAC